UAUACGUAGGAGUAGGAUCAGCUAGAUUUCGUACCUACGUAACAUCAAGUGCCUUCAGUGCGGGGAGGUCGCCGCGACGUUAGUCAUCUAAAAAUCACGUCGCUCCGACGACCGGCGAUGAUCACGGAUUCAAAAUAUUCAAAUUUAUGUUGAAAUAAGUUACAAUAACGUUGUUAAAAAUUGUGCGAAAAGUAAAAUAAACUCUAAGUUUAUUAUUUGUGAGAUGAAAGAAGCGUUAAAAUGUCGAAAAAAAAGUAGGAUCUGAUUGGUGAUUGUGAUGUCUAUGGUCGUCGCGGCUUCGUGAUCAAAAAAAUUUUGUCGCUACCUGGUUGACAAAGAACCAGGUUGUUGUCAGUAAGUUUAUCAAAUAAAAUAAUAAAUAAAUCGUCGAGUCGCGGUAGAAGCGGGUCCAAUAAGUUGGGCGAAAAUCAAUGGCCAUCAGCGCCCAUGGGCGGCCUCGCGUUUAGGACAAGGAAUAGCCCCUCCCAGAAGACCUCGCUACGGUGGGGUGACUGCUGUCCCCCGAAUAAUUUGAGUCCGCCGGUUGCAUCUUCAUCUGCUGGCGCAUCACCCGCUGUCAUCUUGAAGGACCGCAUGCUGGACCAUAUGCCACCUUCGUCGGUGUGAGGUUGUCCCCCGCUGUUGCGUGACUGUACCCCACGGGGUCUUACGAGGUUUCCAAACGCACCAAAUCGUGUCGCAAACCUCUCGGACCUACGAUACCGUGAUUUUGAAUUAACACCCAUUGAUUUAUCACAACCCAAGAUGAUUAACGUAGCCGGUGUUGUAUCAAUUGGUCUAUUCUACGUCCUAAUUUUGGGCGUCGGAAUAUGGGCAGCCCGUAAGAAGGAAGCUGGAAAUGAUUCCGAAGAAGAAGUUAUGCUUGCUGGCCGAUCGAUCGGCCUCUUCGUCGGCAUAUUUACCAUGACAGCAACAUGGGUCGGCGGAGGUUACAUCAAUGGAACUGCGGAAAUGGUUUAUACCAGGGGCUUGGUUUGGUGUCAAGCGCCCUUCGGCUACGCUCUUAGUCUUGUUUUCGGUGGAAUUUUCUUUGCUAAUAAAAUGCGACAGCAGGGGUACAUCACGAUGUUAGAUCCACUUCAAGAUGCCUUUGGCGAACGAAUGGGUGGAUUACUAUUUUUACCAGCUCUUUGUGGUGAAGUGUUCUGGGCGGCUGGAAUUCUCGCCGCAUUGGGCGCCACUAUAGCCGUCAUCAUUGACAUGGAACACAGUCACUCGAUAAUAUUUAGCGCAUGCAUCGCUGUAUUUUACACACUAUUCGGCGGGCUUUAUGCUGUGGCAUACACAGAUGUAAUUCAGCUUUUCUGCAUCUUCAUUGGACUGUGGAUGUGUAUUCCCUUUGCGUGGAUGAAUCCCCUGGUACAGCCACUCGAUUCUUUGGAAGUAGAUUGGAUUGGCAAAAUCCCUUCUGAAGAGUACUGGUCGUAUCUUGACUACGGGUUGCUUCUUAUUUUCGGAGGCAUUCCUUGGCAAGUUUAUUUCCAACGGGUCUUGUCCUCCAAGACAGCGGGACGGGCGCAAUUGCUGAGUUAUGUUGCUGCAGCUGGUUGCAUUCUUAUGGCAAUACCACCUGUCAUAAUUGGCGCCAUUGCCAAAGGAACCCCAUGGAACGAAACUGCCUAUCGCGGUCCGUAUCCACUGGGCCCUGGAGAAACCAGCAUGAUCUUACCCAUGGUACUGCAGUAUCUGACCCCCGAUUUCGUCUCAUUCUUUGGAUUGGGCGCCGUAUCAGCUGCCGUCAUGUCAUCAGCUGACAGCAGUAUUUUGUCAGCCAGUUCCAUGUUCGCACGCAAUGUUUACAAGCUGAUAUUCCGUCAACGGGCAUCAGAAAUGGAAAUAAUCUGGGUAAUGAGAGUCGGAAUAGCAAUUGUUGGCGUACUUAGCACCAUAAUGGCAUUAACGAUACCAUCAAUCUACGGUCUGUGGUCAAUGUGCUCAGACUUGGUCUACGUAAUCCUCUUCCCCCAAUUGUUGAUGGUAGUCCAUUUUAAAGACUACUGCAACACCUACGGCAGUCUAUCAGCCUACAUAAUAGCCUUUCUAGUACGUUUAACCGGGGGUGAAGCAAUGCUAGGUCUGCCAGCUUUGAUCCACUAUCCAGGCUACGAUCCAGUGAACCAGGUCCAGAUGUUUCCAUUCCGCACAAUGGCCAUGUUGAUAUCAUUAAUAACACUUAUCGGUGUUUCCUGGGGAACACAAUACGUAUUUUUAACUGGGCGAUUAGCACCCGGUUAUGACGUAUUCCGCUGCGUAGUUAACAUUCCCGAAGACGUUGAACGCGUCGGGCCAGAUCCUGCCGAAGGUGAACAAAUGGCAGUUCUGGCUGCCGGUACGGGUAAAUUAUAUGGCAGCAAAGAUGAAUCUAACGGCCGAGUUAAUCCAGCACUCGAGCCGGACUAUGACAUGGAACCAGAAUCUCAUGGGCUUUUGAAUUCUGCUGUUGGCAGCAUUGGUAGCAGUUCCACCGGAGGUGGGGGUGGUGCUGCUAUUGGUCAUACUGUUCCACACAAUGCUAAUAUACGUCAGCUGCAGUCGAAUACUGCCUUCUAGGUUAUGUCUAUCAUUGGUUCCAUGAUCACAAGCUGUGACCAACAAUAACUUUGGUGAUGCGGUUGUUCAUUAAGUUAUUAAUUAAUAUAUAAGUCAUUUUGUUUAAUAAUUAUCUGAGUUUAUGAGGUUAAAAACAUUUUUUAGUUUCAAUGUACGGUUAGAGAUGUCGCCAGUCGUGAGUGUAUCAACUGAAGUCGGCUUGUAUCAGCAAAAAAGGGUAGGGCUGGCUUCAGUUGUACAAUCGGGACUGGGAUCCAUUUCUCGCGACGUUACGGUCGCCAUUUUGGGAUGACUCUCUGACGUAUGUAAUUUGUUAGGAACACCGCAUUACCUUUUAGGCCUAGUUGUUUUAUUUUUUGAGAUAUAUAUUUAAGUAAUUACUAUAUAUUAUAUAAUUAUAAAAAAAAAAAAUAUAUAUAUAUAUAUAUAAAUAUAUGGAAAUAUAUUUAUUACACAAAGACACGAAAUAUUGAUAUACUGUUAUUAUUAUUAUUACUAUUAUUAUUGUAUAUAUAUUAGUUUUAUUAGAUGACUUUGGUGUAAAUGUCAGAUGAUCUAAUUAUGACAGUAGAAAAAAUCAGAUUGUGGUUGGAUCUAAUUGGAUGGUAAAGUUUUUUAAAAGGGUAGAGACAGAAAAGUUUGAAAAAUUUGUUUUGGAAAAGAUUAGAUCUGAUUAAUUUUUAAUGGAUCUGAAAUGUUGGUUUUAUAAAAUGAAAUUUAUAUCUGAUAUUAAAUUUUACAUCUGAUUGAAUUUCAUUGGAUUAAAGAACAUCUUUAAUAGAUUUGAUUUAAUGGAAUUAGAUCUGAUAUCUAGAUCUAAUUAAUUAAGUUUUAGAUCUAAUUAAAUUUUUUAAAGAAAAUUUAUUGUUAUUUUAAAAUUCAUUUAAUGAAAUUGGAUCGUAGUUUAGAUCUAAUUAAAUUGGAUCGUAGUUUAGAUCUAAUUAAAUUAAACUGUGCAUCAGAUCUAUUUGAAUUACAUAAAUAUAUUUUUACUUACUGAUCUUUAAUUAGAUCUAGUGUCAAGAUCUAAUAUUAAUUUUCAGAUCAAAUUAUUUUUUUCAAGCCCAGUAUUGUCUUUUUACUAAAAUUAUCUAUUAUUUACUUAAAAUUCGAAUUAGAUCGAAAAUUCAGAUCCAAUUAAUUAGAUGUCAGAUCGAAUUAUUUUUAGUUUUUCUCCAAUUUCAGAUCUAAUAAUCUUUCAGCCACUUUAAAAAUGUCUUUGCUCAAAUUAAGUUAAAAAUUCAUCAGAUCUAGAUUUAAAAUCCAACUGAUAUCUGAUUUUUUUCAAAUGUAAUGCCAAUAUCACCGUACGAUAACGACAAACGUGUUUUAGUAACUAGAUUUAAAUAAAAAUGAAUAAUAAAUUGGAAGCUUUCGUAUCGCAAUCAAUCGUUCUUCCCGUUAUCCAAUUGCUUUGCACGGAUAAAAUAAAAUAUAUUAUCGUUUGUCCAGCACAAAAUACAAUAAAAAAUUAAUAAUAAUAGUAAUAAUAAUAGCAAUAAUAAUAAACAGAUCAAUCUGCAUAUAUUUAAGUUGUGUUUAUCAUAUAGUAUAUUACAAGAUUAAUUAAGAAAAAAAAAAUAUAUAUAUAUAUAUAUAAAUGUAUAACGAAUCCGCAGGUUGCAGAAAUGAAGCCAACAUAGUUAAAAAAAAAUUCAAUAAUAAAUAAAAAAAAAAUAUAUAUAUAUGUGACUGACCGGUAUCAGUCUUUGUGUACGCGUACCUUACGAGCAUUUAUGUAUAUAAUUAAAAAAAAAUAUAUAUAAAAAUAAAUGAAAGUAUAAAUAUAUAUGCAACUGUUUUACAAUAUGGAAAAAUUUAAUUAAAAAAAAAAAAAAAAAAAUGACAAGACUCCCAAAUAGUAAAAUUAUUUAAAAAUAAUUAAUAAAAAUAGUGUAAAGUCAUCGUUGUUACCUUCAUCCUUGUUACUUUUAUUUAAUCAUUACUUCACGGUAUAUAUUAAUAAUAAUAAAUAAAUAAUUAAAUAAAUAAAUAAAUUGAGUUUAUGGGAAAUUGAUAGAGGGUUAAAUUGUUGGUAUAAAUGCAUAAAAUAAUUUAUCUGAGCGGAUGUAAUUUAAUUAUAAGAGGGAGGGCUGAGGGGAAAAGAACUUGAUGGCAAGUUACGGGAGGGGGAGGGGGAUUGUAAAAGUGUACGACGUUAUUGUUAUUAAAGUAUGAGAAAGUUUUGACUGUUGAUUUUAAUACUGCUGUUACUAGAUUGUUAAUUUUUUGUUGUAAUUUUUUUUUCGUUAGAAGUUCCGCGAAUAAGGAAGAAUUAUUUCAAUAACCGGAAGUAUUAAUUUGUGUAACUUCAAUUAUAUUAAGACAUAAUGAGGUUUAAUGAACUUUUUAUAGUUAUUUUUUAGAACAAUAGUAAUUAUUAAUAAGUUUAAUUAAAUUAUGAUUUAUAAUUAAAAGAAUAGAACUUAAAUUUUUAAGUUAAAAAAUUAAAAAAAAAGUAUUUUAUUCAUCUUAAUGCUAAGGACUUGGAAUUAUAUUUUAACGCGCGACAGUAAAUCCCAAAGUAUAUAUAUAUAAAAAUAUUUAUAAUAAAUAGUAU